AUGAACGUCACGUCCACUGUGACCCGGGACUCCGUGAGCGUGGCCAUAGCCAAGAAUGUGAUCACGGUCGUCCUCUCCCUCGCCGUCAUCGGUGUCAACGGCACUCUGGUGCACACGUUCAGACAGCAUCAGGUUUUCCACAUGAACUCUCGUUACAUCCUCUACAUUCAUCUGGUGCUCAACGACAUCAUCAUGUUAGCGUUGACCAUCCUCCUUCAAGUUCUCAGUUACAUCCUGUUCACUCUCAAUGUCUCUUUCUGCAUCGUAAUGCUCAUGGUUGCCGUAUCUUCUAACCUGAACAACCCUUUGACCCUGGCUGCCAUGGCUCUGGAGUGCUACCUGGCCAUCUGCUUCCCUCUGCGCCACCCUCAGAUCUGCACUGUCAGGAAAACGUGUGUCGCCAUCGCUGUGAUUUGGUUCCUGAGCUCUCUUACAGUCCUGCCAGAUCUGUUCGUAGUCUUGGCCACGAGACCCGCAGAAUAUUUUCACUCCAGGGUUUUCUGCAUGUGGGCAAAUGUUUUUACAGACCCGCAGCUCGAAAAGAAGAGAGACGUUUCCAACAUUCUGUAUUUGGUUUUGGUGUGGCUCACUCUUUUCUUUUCAUACUUCCGGAUCCUUUUCACUGCGCAGGCAGCUUCUGCAAACGCCAAGAAAGCCAGGAACACCGUCCUGCUGCACGGCUUCCAGCUGCUGCUGUGCAUGCUGAGCUACGUUCACAACAUCAUGGUGCAAGGCCUCUCAAGUCUGUUCCCAAAAGACGCUCUGGCCAUUCGAUACGUGAUUACUCUGCUGAUUCAGGUCAUGCCGAGGCUCAUCAGUCCCAUGGUCUAUGGGAUCAGAGACAAGAUGUUCAGGAAGUACCUGAAACAAUGUUUGUUACCCUCCACAAACUCAAAUAUUCAUCCUGAGAAGACGGAAAAGAGCAAGAUAUGAGGAAAUCAGAGAAAAUGAGGUUUUCAGUCCGGACUGUAGAG